AACAAGGUCAUCGUUCUCCAUCGGUGGGUAGGGUAAAGUGAGCGGGUCGCGUUUCAGUGGCCCUUUUAAUCCUUUAUCCGAUGGCUUCCGUGUUAAAAAAUGCUGUGCGCCUAGCAACGAAGACGCUCCAUGAGUCUAGCAAGUCAGGCGUUAAAGCAACCUCGAGGUUUUUCCAUUUUUAUUCUCCGGAACCAUGUCACCCGAUCCCUGAUAAGUUGCCGAAAUGGAUGUCGGCGGAGGAAGCCGUGUCGGUCGUGAGGUCCGGGAUGAAGGUAUUUGUCCACGGUGGGGCGGCCACCCCCAUGCCUCUCGUUAAUGCCCUGGCACAGCAUGGGUUAGACUCCGACCUGAACGGAAUAGAGAUUAUGGACAUGUUUCUCAUUUGCCAAACCCCUUAUGUGCAGCCAGAGUACAAGGGAAUUUUCAGAAGUAACUCAUUUUUCAUUGGAGACAAUUGCCGUGAAGCAGUGAAUGACGGAAGGGCUGACUUUGUCCCCAUAUUUCUCAGUGAAAUUCCGCUGCUUUUUAGGCGCAAUUUAAUCACCCUAGAUGUUGCCCUGAUCUCCGUCAGCUCGCCAGAUGAACACGGUUUCUGUACGCUGGGUCCCAGUGUGGACUGUGCUAGAGCUGCCUUGCAGAAUGCCAGGUAUAUCAUAGCUCUAGUGAACCCCAACAUGCCUCGUACGUUUGGAGACGGAAUGGUUCACAUGUCUCACUUUGACGCCAUGGUGCAGGAAGACUACGCUCUGCCUGAGUAUAACUCCAACAGGACAACUAGCGAGGUGGAACAGCAGAUUGGACGCAUAAUCGCUACUAACUUAGUUCAAGAUGGCGCCACUUUGCAGAUGGGUAUUGGUAAUAUCCCAGAUGCGGUAAUCAGUGCUCUGUGGAGUCACCGGGACCUUGGCAUUCACAGCGAGAUGUUGGGCGAUAGCAUGAUCGAUCUCGUGGAACGUGGUGCCAUCACAAAUGCUGGGAAGAAUAUCCAUCCUGGGAAAAUCGUAGGAGGUUUUGCCGUGGGGACAAAGAGGCUGUACGAGUAUAUGCACGAUAAUCCAAUGAUUGUGAUGUUGGACAUAGGGUUUGUAAAUAAUACUUCCAUAAUUAGCCAGAAUCCAAAAGUGACGGCAAUCAACUCGUGUAUUGAGAUUGACUUGACAGGACAGGUGUGUGCAGACUCCAUUGGGACAUGGAUGUACUCCGGUGUUGGCGGUCAAAUUGACUUUUUGCGUGGUGCUGCUCUAAGUAUGGACGGCCAGGGGAAACCAAUCAUUGCUCUCCCCUCUACAACCCAAAAAGGGGAAUCCAAAAUUGUUCCCGUCUUAAAAGCUGGGGCAGGUGUUACAACCAGCAGAGCGCAUGCACAUUACAUAGUGACAGAAUACGGCAUUGCGUCCUUGUUUGGCAAGAAUCUCAGACAGAGAGCUUACGAAUUAAUCAAAAUCGCUCACCCAGAUCACAGAGAAACACUGGAGAAAGAAGCAUUUGCCAGAUUAAAAUGCAUGCCAUCCCCUUAGCAACAAAACAUUAGAAAUUAAAUGCCUGUUGUUUUUUGUUAUAAGGUGUUUUCACACACGGAAUUAAGGCUUCAUUCACAUGCAAUGUCUAUUUUCUAAAUUCUAUUUUCUA